AUGGUGGAUAUGACCACAUUUGACAAACUGCCAAACUGCCGUGCGAGUGAAAUGCCUGCUUCCAUACUUGCCUGUGCCAGCGUUGAACCAACAGCGACGAGUGGCGAACGCGCGCGUACCUUCGCCAUGGAUGAUUCGAAUGACUCCAUUUCUUUGCAGGUUGUGAAUCGCAUCGACAAUGUCUCUAAAGUGAUUUUCCCGUCGCUCUACAUCCUGUUCAACAUAAUCUACUGGGUAGCGUUCCUCUACUGGAUCCCCGAUGAAGUCGAUCAGAUACUUAAAUUUACUGAAAAAGGGUAA